AUGCCAGCCCAAACUUCCUUCGCGCUUAGGCGCCUGCAGACGCUCAAUGCCCAUGUCUAUGCGCCUCUCCGACGAACUGGUACCGGCAGGAUAACGAACGGGUCAUGGACGUGCGCAAGCUGUCGCAGCAGCCAACUUUCUGCUUCUUCCUACAACUCGACACUUAUCCGACGAUCCUUCUCCGCCAGCUCGAAACGAUAUACCAACCCAAACCAGAACGGCUCCUCAUCCUCGAACACCAACGGCAAUGGCAAAACAAGCAAUGCCCGACGAACAAUGCUGCUAGCAGCCGGUGGAGGCGCAGCGACCGCGGGAGUACUGGCGUUCGGAGAUGAUAUCAAGUACACAUACGAAGCGGUGGAGAGAACGGGGAGGGUGGCGACCGCGCUGGCGGCUUGUGUGAACGAUUACCGGAAGACGCUGAACGCGCGAGAGAAGAUUGAGGAUCCGGAGGAGAAGCAAAGAUUGCUGAGGGAGUGUCACCAGCGGUGCGCGGAUCGGACGUUGGAGGUUUUGGAAAAGAGUGGUGGGAUUUUCAUCAAGUUGGGACAACAUUUGAGCGCAAUGAACUACCUCCUCCCACCCGAAUGGACAACGACCUUCAUCCCUCUCCAAGAUAAAUGCCCCGUCUCCUCCUUCGAGUCGAUCGAGCGCAUGUUUUUGGAGGAUACCGGCACCUCGCUCUGGGACUACUUCUCCGAGUUCUCGCGCGAGCCCAUCGGCGCCGCCUCUCUGGCGCAAGUCCACCUGGCCACCAUCAAAGAAACCGGCCAGCGCGUGGCCGUCAAAGUCCAACACCCCUCCCUCCAGCGCUGGGCGCCCCUCGACAUGCGUCUGACGGCCACCACCUUCAAGACCCUCAAAUACUUCUUCCCCGAAUACGACCUCGAAUGGCUCUCCUCCGAAGUGGAAAUCUCCCUACCCAAAGAGCUCGACUUCACCUGCGAAGCCGAAAACGCCCGGCGCACCGCCGCGCACUUCGCCCAGGCCGCGCCCCAACUUCCGCUCUUGAUCCCCGACGUCCUUUGGGCACGAAAACGUCUCCUGGUCAUGGCCUGCGAAUCAGGCCACCGCCUCGACGAUCUAGCGUACAUGGACGCGCACGGCAUCGACCGCGACGAAGUCUCUGCCACGUUAGCGCAUAUCUUCAACGAGAUGAUUUUCGGCGAAGGCGCUCCCCUCCACUGCGAUCCGCACGGCGGCAACAUCGCCAUCCGGCACAACCCUAACCCCUCUUCCUCCUCCCAGUCAAACCGACAGUCCAAGUCCAAAUCCUCAAAGUCCAACUUCGACAUCAUUUUGUACGACCACGGUCUCUACCGCGACAUCCCCCUCCCGCUGCGCCGCUCCUACGCUAAGCUCUGGCUGGCCAUCAUAUCCGGCGACAUUCCCAAGAUGAAACAAUACGUGUACGAAGUAGCGGGCAUCGGGGAAGAUAAAUUCCCCCUUUUUGCGUCCGCCAUUACGGGCAGAGACUUUAUCAACGUCGUCAGCGCCACUGACUCCGGCGGCGUGCUCAAGCCGAAGGAAGCGUCUGAGCAAAAAUCCAUGAGCACGGCACUGCAGGAGGGACUUAUCGUUGAUCUAGUGCAAAUGUUGGGCCAGGUGCCGAGGAUUAUACUGCUCAUUCUCAAAACGAAUGACCUCACGAGGGCGCUGGAUGAGAGUUUACAUACCUCCCAAGGGCCGGUGAGGCAGUUUUUGAUUUUGGCGCGGUAUUGUAUGCGGACGGUGUUUUAUGAGCGGUUGGAGGAGAUUAGGAAGUUGGGAAGUGUCUGGAGCCCGGCAAAUGCGGCGAGGGUGGUGGGUGCGUGGUGGGAGUAUGCGAGGGUGGAGGUUAAGUUGGAGGUGUUCGAGUUGUGGUUGAGGGUUAAGAGGGCGCUUGGGUUGGGAGGAUAUACGUUGGGGGGACCUGGACAGGAGCAGAUGGUGCCGGUGGGGAAGAAGGGGCAGAAGAGGUUAGAGAAGGAGGUUGAGAGGGAGCUGGAAGUUGGGGCUAAGGCUGCUGCUGCGUCUGCGUGA